CCAAGCGACGAAAUACCUCUCGAGGAUCAAUGGAUCGAUGAAAUGGACAAGGGCAAAUCAGCCGGACCGAUCGAAAUGCAGAACUCGGCAGACGCAAACGGUUGGGUGCUCGAGUUUGAAGAUGAAACCGGCCAGUACUCGCAAGGAACUCAAGGUGCCAACACCGUCACCUACUAUCCUGAUGGCAAUCCUUAUUCUCAAAAGCCCGUCGUCAAAAUGACUUGCACGCAUAAUAAGGACGGGAGCACGCAAUUCCGUAUCACAAUGCCCGAUGAAGAGAUUCGUGAAUAUGUGCCGGAUCCUAUGGAACCGCCUGGCCGCUGCUUCUUCGGCGCACUUUCAAAGGCUCAGGGUGAUCAAACGGUUGAUCAAACUAUUCACAAAUUAAAGAAUCACGCCAAAGGAAACGACCGAGUUCGAUAUAUGAACAAACUGGGAGUCAACCAGAGCUACAAACCGUUCAAUUCAAAUUCCAGGAUGAUCGAUGGGAAAACAACACUUCCUAAUGUGCCAAUUUCAACAGACGUUAUUAAAAAGAAAACGGAGAGACAACAGGAGCGUGACACGAAAUCUAAUUUAGAGAAGAUAAGAACAGAUUUUCCAGGUAUCCAACAGGAAGAUGUAUACAACCACCAUCAAUCGCACGAUUCUGAGGUUGUCGAAGAAUUCUGGAAAAUUUCUAAAGUAACACGCGAGGGCAAUAUCUAUGUCGAAAGAGAACACGGCGAGAGUGUUGACAAGUUUUACGAGGAUAAUCAAGAAUAUGGGUCGCCUGAAGCUAUCACCAGGAAGAUCAAAAAUCACUACAGACUUCAUAGGAAACAUACUAGCGAGACACUGGAGUACGAAACAACAAAUUUGGGUCGUUGGAAAACCAAGGAUAACAAGUACUCACCGAAUCAUCUGCCAAACCAGUACAACAGAGGCUUCGUUUCCAACUGGAAUGGACCCCAGGGGGGUAAUCAAAAAUAAAAUAACUAUAGUAAAGAAGACUGAUAUCACGACCAAUAAAACGCACAUGGAAAACUAACGUGGAGGUUGCCGCGCUAAACUCUGCCUGUGGAUCAUAAAUUCCAUCUCAGCUGACAAUUUCCUUACAUCUCUGGGUGACUGUGAAGGAUCGCAACUUGUUUUUUGUGUUCUUUUUUUUUUAGUGCGUUGAGCAACAGUUAUUCUUCUACUUCUAUUAAAAACAAAACUUUUUUUAGUAACCUUUCAUUAACUAACCCUAAUUUUUACUUUGUGUUACUCUUCACAUACCGUCUAGCCAAUAGCCUAUAUUAUGAAAAACUGACUUUCUUUCUCUUAAUCUAAACCCUCCUUCAGUUUCUAGUUUUCCAAAAGAUACUUGUUUGCUUUAACUCCUCCCUGUUAGUUCUUUCUUUUCAACUUUUACUAUUCAAACAAACCUUGAUUUAAUAAUGUACAUAUUUAUAUAAGGGCGUCUUAAAUGACCAACACAAUAUAACUGUAGAAAUGGGAAAUGGUUUUACUUAUCUUGUGUUCAAGUCUAAAUGUACCUCUAUAACCACUUCUUCUUUUACUUCACAUACAGCACAUAUGAGUAGAGAGGAGAAUUAUAUAGCCACACAAUCAACCAAAUUUGCCUUUAAAAUAUCUUACAAGUUAUCAUGAAUUCAAUUACCAACAAUUUGCUAUAUGGAAGAAUAUUUUGUUGAUACCAUCCAACAAGCCUUGUGGCAUAUUCAAGUGAUGGAAUCUAGUCCUGAAUGGAUUGAGUUCAGAUGCCCAUGACAGUCAUGUACCUACUUUAGCUUCAACUAAAAAAAAUCUGGAUCUUCUCAAUUAUUCAUUUAGUGAACCACGCCAAUGUUAUUCAGUGCUGCAAGUUUGACCCUUUUCUCUGUAACUUUUUAUUUCUCUCCGGCACCAAAAAAUCAUUAAAGUGUUGCAUUAAAAUGUUUUACUACUUUUAUGUAACCAACCAACCUCAUCAGAAUUUAAUGAGCUUGCUGAAUAAGUUUUAAAAAGGUUAAAGGGGGAGCUUAGUUUUUAGGAAAGCCACCGACCUUUAGUGACGAGAUUUGUCAUGUUGUCAAUCUGUCAAAUAAAAGUUAACGA